UGAAUGUGCUUUUUGAACGCUUACCAUGCGAUGAGGCCAGUCGGAUUGUAUUGCUGCUGAGUGUACCCAAUCACUUCACUGCCCAGAAUGCUAUCUCAUCUGCAAUGGGGAAUCUUUUCGCCUGCUGUCAUGCAUACUCCUUCGGCCCAUGGCAUGAGGCGGUGAGUCGGAUUACUUGAACCAGUGGGAACCAAUCGAUGGCUCGACCCAACGCCGCUCUCGUGAGACUCUCUGGUUUCAGUCAGCACGUUCUGAUGAAACCCGAUCGGAACUGUUGUUUGAAAUAGGGUAAUCACUCUGGGUCGCAGCUAUGAGUAUCUCGCCCCCUCCCACCCCUCCAUCAAGGGCCCCAACGGAUGAUGAGUGGAGAUUUGAAGCUAUUACACUACCCUGCGAGUGGAUCGAGGAUUACCAUCCAGGUGGUUAUCACCCCGUCAUUCUCGGCGACACUUUCAACAAUGGUCAGUACAAGGUUAUUCGAAAGCUCGGUGAGGGCUCAUACUCAACGGUUUGGCUCGCCCGUAACAAGAAAAACACUAGAUAUGUCGCUCUGAAGAUUCUUGUAUCCCAUCAUUCGGAAUCGACAACCGAGCUAGACAUCUUACAACACAUCACUAAGGCAGCGCCAGUAGAAGCUGCCCGCCACAUCACGGGAUUGCUAGAUGAGUUCGAACACUCUGGCCCCAAUGGUGUGCACAAAUGCCUUGUAUUUGAGCCUAUGGGCCCUAGUGUGAAUUCGAUGGUCGAAGAGCUACCCCAGUUCAAACCUCGAAUGUUUGGAAUGAAGAUACGCUACCCGCUUUGGAUGGCGAAGAGCAUUCUGAAGCAGUCACUGGAGGCUCUGGCAUUCUUGCAUCGGAACGGUAUCGCGCAUGGAGAUUUCCAGCCAGGAAAUAUACUGUUCGCCCUUAAAGAUGUCGACUCAGCGCCAGAGGACGUGCUACGGCAAGAGGAAGAUAUAGAAGCCAGGUCCGUCUCGCCCCCAGUAAAGAGGCUGGAUGGCAAAGAGGAUAAAUGGGCACCUCGAUAUCUUAGCGUUGCCCAGCCUCUGUCGCCCUUCACACAUUACGCUGAAGGCUUUAAGGUCAAAUUGUCCGAUAUGGGCGGCGCAUAUUUCUUUUCAAAGCCCCCAGAAAAGCCCGUCACUCCCCUUGGCCUUCGGGCUCCCGAGCUUAUUCUGACUGGAGCCGUUAAUAACACGCUUGACAUUUGGAGUUUCGGCUGCCUUAUUUUUGAGCUUAUCACCGGAGAGCCGCUCUUCUGCGUUCCAGGAUCCGAAUAUGAAGAUGAUGAUCAUCUUCUCUCCCUUACAGAACGGCUCGGUGCCCUUCCUGAUGAUUUAUUCGUGCAUUGGAAGACCUCCUCGCUUUACUUUACGCCUGAGAGGAAGCUGUUCAACUGUCAAAUCGGAGGAGUCGGUCCGGAAGAGGAACCACUUUUGGUGGAUCAGAUAUCCAUGGAGGAGCAGUUCGACUCGACGGAGCCGGAGAUUGAUUCGAAGGAAACCGACGAGGUGAAGGGACUCAUUCGAUGGAUUUUACAGUAUGAUCCUGCAAAGAGGCCAUCUCCGGCCGAGAUACUGUCUCAUCCAUGGUUCCGCAACAUUGAUGUUGGGCGAGUGUAAGGGAGUCAUUGACGGAUAAUACUUGGCUUUGCUGUUCUUCUCUCUCCCAGUUUCUAGUUCUUCUAUUGUGAUCUUUCAUUUUCUGUAGUAGACCGCGGACAAAUAUAAAAAGAAGGCUCCGAGCGAGCAUACGAAGCCCAUAGCUUUGCUCUGGUCUAUGGGCGUGGGAACGCGCAGUGGGUAUUCCUUGCAUGCUCGAAAACCUUCACUACCAAACUUUUGCUAGUGUAAUCUCUAGAAAUGAG